AUGAAACUGAGUCUCAUUUCCGACGGCGACAUCCCCGACAGCCAGGAUGAUCAAGGCUCCGGUGGAAGAGCGGAUGGGCGACAGGUCCUAGAGAGAGGAGGAGGAGGAGGCAAGAGGAGAAGACGGGUUUUCUUGGAGGAGGAAGACGAGGACGAGAAUGCGAUGAAAGUUGAUGAAGAAGCCGUGAUACUUUCCUGCGCGCGUGGAGGCCCUGCGGGCGUCUCGACGGCCAAAAUUGAUGGAUGCAUCGAUAAACAGGAUGGACAAGGCAGCAGCAAGCAAAGAAAGAAGAGCUGCAGCACGGUUAUGAAGCUACAAUUUAGAGAAAUCGGAUUGCACUGCUCUUUGAGGACAUGCGGCAUCAGCAGAUUCGUACCCACACCUUCAACAUUCUCACAUGAGGUCUUCUCCAAGAUAAAGAACAAUAAGCCAGAUAGUGUGGACUUUGAUGCACCAAAUGCAAGAGCAUUGAUACAACAACGCAGCACCUACCGAGUUUUUGACUUAAAGGAUUAUUCUCUGCUGUAUCAAAUACCUGAUGUGAAUGUCCAUCAAGUUGUUUUUAGGCCAUCAUUGUUCCUUAUAAAGCUGGAGCAGACACAUAAUGUCUAUCCUUUCAGGAUAUUUUGUGCUCAGAACUUUGAAGAAACACACUCGUUUGUGCUUGUUGCUAGCUCGAAACGACCUGAUAUUCAACCUCUACAUGACAAGAUGAUAAUAAAGCAGAAUUUUGCGAAUGAGAAUGGAAACCUCCAGAUACUUGAUUUGCGUAGUUCAAAGAUCACCGAGGUACCUAUUGGGAUAUAUGAGUUCCAUGCACUGCAUGGUAGAAACCUAUUCUUGUCUUUCCAGAAUAACUCAACAGAACUGAGAGAUCUUCAAGGAGAUAUAGUGAGAAAUUUUGAGGAUCAUGUACUAGAUGAACUGAAUUGCGUGGAUGAUAAGUUGUUCAUAACAAAAGAUGAGGAUGUUAUUAUUUCUGGAUGCAAGUCAGAAGGUAUCGGAGCGGUGCAUAUAAGCUCCAUAGAAAGUGGAAAAUGCAUUACAGACAUCAAUACCAAGGUUAUUGUUUCUGCAUUGUCAUAUAAUCCUGAGUUGAAUGAGAUUUACAUUGGGACGGCAAAGGGGAAGGUGCAAGUAUGGAGUGCCUGAUUCUACACGUUUUUAACCAUGUCAAUGGCACUGGCAGAUCUUGACAUUCUACCACAUCAGAUACUGCAGAAGUUGAAAAGCCCCAAUAAAGAUAGCUGAUCUUGAUUGAAAACUUUCUGAAUUUCCACGAUCGUAUCCAUGUAAAACUUCAAAAAAUGAAAUGGAUGGCGCUUAUUGAGUUGUAGUCCUGAUUGAAAACUUUCUGAAUUUCUCCACGAUCGUAUCCAUGUAAAACUUCAAACAAUGAAAUGGAUGGCGCUUAUUGAGUUGUAGUCGUCCGGUAGCGUUGUUUCUGCUUUGUUCAUUCAUCAAUAUUGGGAUGUUCAGAUUUUUGAGGCAGUUUACCUCAUCA